AUGGAAACUCAAGAGAAUCAACAGGAAUCAUGGUCGGAGCCAGAAACCACCACAGAAAGCCGAAACUCCCGAGUGGGCUUCAGCGGCCCUCUUAGUGGGCCGCUGAGCGGGCCUUUAGUAACUAACAAGCACCGUAAAGGAAGCAAGAACAAAAGCGCGAGGUUUAAGAACGACGAUAAUGAAUUGGUGGAAAUAACACUGGACGUCCGUGACGACUCCGUUUCCGUUCAGAACAUUCGAGGUGGAGAUUCUGAAACGGCUUUUCUAGCAAGCCGGCUUGAGAUGAAGCCCUCGUCGCUUUCGUCUCGGCUGAGACAGGUUUCGCAGGAACUGAAGCGCAUGACAUCUUUUAAGACGUUCGAUAAGGUUGAUAGAUCGAAAUCCGGUGCUGCUCGUGCUCUACGAGGUCUUAAGUUUAUGACAAAAAGUGUUGGUAGUGAUGGUUGGUCCCAAGUUGAGAAGCGGUUUGAUGAAUUGUGUGUUGAUGGAAAAUUGCCAAAGACUCGCUUUAGCCAAUGCAUAGGAAUGCAUGAAUCAAAAGAAUUUGCUGGUGAGUUAUUUGAAGCGUUAGCACGUCGUCGAGGUAUCACCGCGGCAUCCAUAACAAAGGAAGAGUUGCGAGAAUUUUGGGAGCAGAUUACUGAUCAAAGCUUUGAUUCAAGGCUUCAGACAUUUUUUGACAUGGUGGACAAGAAUGCUGAUGGAAGAAUUAUAGAAGAAGAAGUAAUAGAGAUUAUCACAUUAAGUGCAUCGGCGAAUAAGUUAUCAAAGUUACAAGAACGAGCAGAGGAAUAUGCUGCCCUUAUCAUGGAGGAGCUGGACCCAAACAACCUUGGAUAUAUUGAGUUGUACAACUUGGAAAUGCUUCUUUUGCAAGCACCAGCCCAAUCAGCACACAUUACUACAGAUAGUAGAGUGUUAAGCCAAAUGUUGAGCCAGAAGUUAGUCCCUACCAAAGAACACAACCCUAUAAAACGAGCUUUUAGAGAACUAUCCUAUUUCAUGGAGGAUAACUGGAAACGUAUUUGGAUCAUAUCUCUAUGGCUUUCCAUUUGUGCAGCACUUUUCACUUGGAAGUUCAUUCAAUACAAGCGUCGCGCCGUUUUCCAUGUCAUGGGCUAUUGUGUCACCACGGCUAAGGGCGGCGCGGAGACACUCAAGUUCAACAUGGCUUUAAUCUUGUUACCUGUAUGUAGAAACACUAUUACUUGGCUUAGGAGCAAGACCAAGCUUGGAAUGGCGGUUCCGUUUGAUGAUAAUAUCAACUUUCAUAAGGUGAUAGCUUUUGGCAUUGCUAUUGGGGUUGGGUUACAUGCAAUUUCACAUUUGACCUGUGACUUUCCAAGGCUAUUGCAUGCAACAGAUGAAGAAUAUGAACCCAUGAAACAAUUUUUCGGCAAUCAAAGGCCUAAUAAUUAUUGGUGGUUCGUUAAAGGGACCGAGGGGUGGACCGGGGUCGUCAUUGUUGUUCUUAUGGCUAUAGCUUUCGUUUUAGCCCAACCUUGGUUCCGUCGUAAUAGACUUAACCUUCCAAAACCCCUCAAGAAACUCACUGGCUUUAAUGCAUUUUGGUAUUCUCAUCACCUUUUUGUCAUUGUCUAUGUGCUUUUUAUCAUUCAUGGAUACUUCCUUUACCUUAGCAAGAAAUGGUAUAAGAAAACGACAUGGAUGUAUCUCGCAGUUCCUAUGAUACUAUACGGAUGCGAACGACUACUUCGCGCAUUUAGAUCUGGUUACAAAUCUGUCAAGAUACUGAAGGUUGCGGUGUACCCGGGAAACGUACUGGCAUUGCAUGUGUCGAAACCACAAGGAUUUAAGUAUACUAGUGGACAGUAUAUUUAUGUUAAUUGUUCAGAUAUUUCUCCAUUUGAGUGGCAUCCCUUUUCUAUAACAUCAGCUCCUGGAGAUGAUUAUAUAAGUGUUCACAUUAGAACUUUGGGUGAUUGGACAUCGCAACUCAAGGGUAUUUUCGCCAAGGCGUGCCAACCAGCAAAUGAUGGCCAAAGCGGUCUUCUGCGCGCUGAUAUGCUACCGGGCAAACCAAGCCUACCGAGGAUGCCAAGGCUAAGAAUUGAUGGACCUUAUGGAGCACCAGCACAAGACUACAAAAACUACGAAGUACUUCUUCUAGUAGGUUUAGGAAUCGGCGCAACGCCUUUGAUAAGCAUACUCAAAGAUGUGCUAAACAACAUUAAGCAACAAGAAGAAGAUUUAGAAGAAGGAGAGGUAGAAAGCAGGGUCAUGAGCAAUAAGAAAAAGCCUUUUGCAACCAAACGAGCCUAUUUCUAUUGGGUUACACGCGAGCAAGGUUCGUUUGAAUGGUUUAAAGGAGUGAUGAAUGAGAUAGCAGAGAAUGAUAAGGAAGGUGUAAUUGAGCUUCACAAUUAUUGCACAAGCGUGUAUGAAGAAGGCGAUGCUCGUUCAGCUUUGAUCACGAUGCUUCAAUCGCUUCACCAUGCCAAAAGUGGCGUGGAUGUAGUUUCGGAGACAAGGGUUAAGACACAUUUUGCUAGGCCGAAUUGGCGUAAUGUCUAUAAACAUGUUGCUCUUAAACACCCUGAUAAAAGAGUUGGUGUUUUUUACUGCGGAGCACACGGAUUGGUUGGAGAGUUAAGAAAAUAUUCUUUGGAUUUUUCCAGAAAAAGUGGCACCAAGUUUGAUUUUCAUAAAGAAAACUUUUAG